CGGAAAAGGUUGUUGGAAGCCUCUGAAGUUUUAGAUAGUGACAAAAUAAAAUAAGAUGAUGCUUUAGUUUGGAUGAAGUGCAGCUGUACCACUUCAUAUGGUUUAAAUUCUUGUCUUAUUAAGUCUUGUUUUUGCAACUGCAGGGCUUUGUGAGUUGGAAAGUUACCAGGGAUGCUUAUGCUUUAAAGGUAGCAUGACCCUCUUGAACCUGUCAUUUUCUGCAUGUGGAUUUUUGGGAAUCUACCAUUUGGGGGCUGCUGCUGCUCUUCAUCUGCAUGGAGAGAAACUUCUGGGAACACUGAAUGCCUGUGCUGGGGCAUCAGCAGGUGCACUUGUGGCAACAAUGCUUGUAACUGUGCCUGAAAAAAUAGAGGACUGCAAAGAAUUUACCUACCGAUUUGCUGAUGAAGUCCGAAAACAGAAACUUGGAGCAAUGACGCCAGGUUAUGACUUCAUGCACACACUGAAGGAAGGGAUAGAGCACAUUCUGCCUCCAAAUGCUCAUGAGAUUGCUGGGAAUCGUCUCUCUGUAUCAAUCACACACUCCAAGACCGGAGAAAAUUGCAUGGUCUCAAGUUUUUCAUCCAGGGAAGACCUCAUUAAGGUCCUAUUAGCUAGCAGUUAUGUACCGCUGUAUGCUGGGAUUAAAGCAGUGGAAUACCAAGGAGACAAAUGGAUGGACGGGGGUCUUUCAAACAGUCUUCCUGUCCUUCCAGUGGGCCGCACAGUGACUGUUUCACCUUUCAGUGGCCGCCACGACAUCUGUCCAAAAGACUCUGGUUUGAUGACUGUUUAUAUGAAAUUUGCAAAACAGGAUAUAAGGCUGUCCAAGGAUAACAUUAUAAGACUCAGUCAAGCCUUAUUCCCGCCCAUGAAGGAGAAGAUGGAAGUCUUGUUUCAGAAUGGCUACGAUGAUGCAGUGCAAUGUCUAAGAAAGGAAAACUGGUUUCAGUAGCUGCAAUUCAUUAUCUUGUGCCUCAAAUGCUGAUGUUAGCCAUCAGGAAAAUAUUUGUUGGGGGGAGGGGGGGUUAUAUUAUGCUUAACACACGAAUCAUAGUAAGGUGCCAUUGACACUAUGUAUAGCUAUGGCCAAAAGUUUUGCUUCACCCAAUAUAACUAACUAAUUUUGCUUCAUAAAGUCGAAUGAAACCUGCUGAAUAAUGUUAUGUUAACAUAUUUAAUUAAAUACCGCUUUGUAGUUUUCCAUAUACUUAAUGAAAAACUGACAAAAAAAUUUAAAUGUGACAUUUCUAAAUCCAACAUGAAAUACUGCACUACUAUUAUGGCUUCCGGUAGACUUUUGCAAUAUCAUUUUGAAGUUUCUUUGAUUGCAUGAUGUUAAAUAAAAGGUCUAAAUUAUCUUCAUAUAGUUUUUUUUUCAAAUGAUGUCUCAAUCCUAAAAGUCUAGGUGAUGCAAAACAUUUGGCCAUUGCUGUAUUUGAAUUUAUUUAAAAGUCUUAUGUUUUACAAUAUUUCAGUUGAACUGAUUAACUAACACUAAUAAAUCCAUUAUCGCAGUGUAAAGGGCUCAUCACAAUUUGUUCCGAUUCUGCUGUUUGGACUUGUUUGUACAGUAUGAUAAUAAAAUCUGUUUGAAGUACUGCCAAUGCAGUGGGGGAGUGUGUCCAUCUAUAGAGGCACAAAUCAACAACUCAGUUUUUGGUGCAAUAUUUCAUUGCCUACCUCCAGUUUGCAAUAUGACUGAAAUGUAUGUGGAUCAAUCCAGAAUAGAUUAAAAUACAGUAAAUGAAAUUGAAGUUGUACAGCGCAAGUGCAUAUGAGUUGCACAGUACAGUACUGUGUAUAAUACAAGUUGAUUUUCAUCCUGCUCAAGGUCAGAGCCACUAGAAAGUACACUCUAGACAAAGCCACUCAUGGGCGGCUGCUCUAUGCAGUAUUCUAUAUAUAGCAAUGACAAGAGCUAUAUUACCCAACUGUACAAAUAUGUGUACAGAAAAGAUGUAACCGUUUCAUUCACAUUACUUAUUAAAAAAUAUAAACCAAAUGAUCCAACCUUUUUUUUUCGUAUUUUUAAACAAAAACAAUCAGUAAUAAUUCUUAUUUAACAUAAGCCUUAAAAGCCUCAUCAAGAUAUCCUUUCGUUAGGUCUGGUUGAAGACAUGAUUACAGUUUGCUUGGUAAUUUACAGUCCCAGUACAUGCAAAAUUAGUAACACUUUACAAAAAAAUAUAUACAUAUGUAAUAUGUUGUCAAUUCUGCCACCAUCAAAGUGCUGCAGUUAUGAAGCCAAGACAUUUAACAGUUGGUUAAGUUGGGAGAUCAUUACAUAAUGUACAUUUAUGAAUCAUUGCAGUACAUAUUUAAAAAAAAAAAAAAAAAAGUUUACCCUAAUCACGCUGCAUGUUUUCUAGGAGGCAGCUGACUCCCUUUUUGUGAGGACUUUACAAGUGUCAUGUCUUCAUACACUGCGUUCUUCUCAUCAGCGGCGUUACACAUUCUUUUCAUUUUGUUUCUCACUGUGUCCCAACAAUGUUUUGCCUGUGAAUGAAUUGCAGGAGAAACCAAAAGGUUGUAUUAGUGUUUUCUGCCUGACAGUUUACAGUAACAUGAUUAUUGUGAUUAGAUAUUUUAAUUACUUACACAGAUCAUUAUUAACACAGCUACGACUACACCCCCGCAUGCAAUUAGAGAUAUGAAAAAGUAUUUCAACCAAGGACAUUUCUUCGUUUGACAUUCUUCUGGAUCUGCAACAAAUUGGAUAUUUCGGACAUAUUGUUAAACAAGUGCAGCACAGGUGCAGUGAAUACAUACAGCAGGUUUUGUGUGCGUUUUUCUUUACAUAUACAGGUAUUACAAUCAUUUGAAUCAUAAUUUAGCUGUAUUUGUCAUGCAAUCUAGUGUACAUUGGUUACACCAUGGUUUUACAAAAUGCAUACUGUGGUGUCUUUUGGAAAAUACUAUCCAAUAUCUAUUUGGUACUUUCAAUUAAAUGUAGUAUAUUGGGAAACAUUCACAUUAAUGAUAUGCGUUAUAUUCUUUGCAUAAAAUUACAGUAAUAAAUAUGGAAAAUAGUAUUUAUUCACUAAGGCAGUGCAUUUUCUAGUUUAAUUCGAAAUUAUUUACAGAAUGCAUUAUAUAACGUUUAAAUAAUACAUAGUUGGAAAAUGUAUAUACUGUUACUAAUAUUUGUUGAAAGACAUUUGUAAAAUAAUCACUGACAACUGACUGGAAUUGUAUCAGUAUAUGUAUCAAUACAAUUGCAAUCUGACAUCUUAAGUUUCCAUGUGUUGGUUACAUGGGUACAGUAGGCUACAGUAAAGAUAUUAAAUGUUUAUAUUAAAGUAAAGAAAAAUGACAUGGUCCAUUGACACUGCUUACCAUACACAAUCAGCCUGGUUCCGUUUCCUCGGCUGGUUAUUGGAGGGGGAACAAUAAGUAGCGCUUCACAGGAGUAUAUAUCAGUAUCAUUGAGCUGGAGGUCUUGUAUGACUAAAAUAGUAUACCACUUGGAGUGGUUGCCAGAAACAUAUAUAUGCAAAUGGUCCGUAGUUGAAAUCUUCUCAUUUUUUGAGAAAUGAUUAAUUGCUCUAUUAUGGCUCCUAAACCAGGAUACAUCUGUUUGGAAUGGCACUUUCCCUUGGUAAUUAAAUUCACAUGUUAUAGCCACACUUGCACCAUGCAAGCUUCUGAUCUCCUGAGGAUAUUGUUUGACAGUUAUGUUUGAUCCACCAGUCACUGAAAAUAAGAUAGGGGAUUAAAUAGGGAAAACAAUAUUUAAUCAUUGAAUAUAUUGCUGUCUUAGUUAUCCUAUUCUCAAAUCUGUUUCAGCAUUACCUAUUUGUAUGUUUUUUUAGAUUGUCCCUAAUUACUACUCCAGCCAUACACCAAUCAGUUGCUGCAUGUGGUUCUUUUGCAUCACUUCUAGUAAGACUAGUCCUAGUAAAUAACACAUUUUCCUGUAAACUGCUUGAUUUUUCAUCCACUCAGCUUUAAAGUAAUACAUCUACAUAACACUUUUUACCAAAAGACACAUAUUACACUGUUCAGAAAUAUUUGUGAACUAAAAUUACUUGUACACAAAAGUCCUUUACUAGAAACUUACAAGAAAGUCAGUGUCUAGUAUUAGUAUUUGCUAAGGUUAAAAAAAGGAAUAAACGGAAAAAAUAUUUUGCUUACCGAUUUGUGAAUUUAUAAUACAUCCUGAAAUAAACAUGAGUGUCGCACUAGUAAACAUACUUGAUUUUUAUGAUGAACUGAAAUCUGUGAACUUACUUUAUAAGCAGCUUUACUUUAUAAAACAGACAAGAUGUGAAAAACAAUUUGUUUACCAAGACUUGUAUGCGGUUGGCUGAUUAACCCAUUUCCUUCCUGACUGCUAAACACUGAAUUGUACUUUAAUGUGGAUUUGUUGGAUGUACUGUUAGCGCUGUUCAAUAUUUUUUUUUGAGUUGUCUGGUAAAGGAGUGGCUAAAUGGAAAGCACAUAACUGACAAUGCACGUUUCAAGUAUCAGAUCACUGUCAUUUGCAGUCACAUCGUGAACUCCUAUUAUAACCACAGACAGUCAGAAAUCUUAAAUGCAUUUUUCUCGGUUUCAAAAAGUGGUCUAUAUCAAGUACAGUACUUGCACAAAUGGCUUUAGUUGAUGUUUUUAGCACUUU